CUGCGCUGUGGGACUGGGACAUUCGCCUCUGCUGCUCGGAGUGGUCCAGAAACGGGACGUGCAAGGCUACAGAGCGGCUAUUCGGUAGAGCCAAGGAAGAACGCUACACAGCCACACCUGCAAUAGCCCGCUGCUCUCACAAGAGACGCUUGUUUGACCAGCAGCAAUAAGAAGAAGCAACUUCGAGAUUUUUUUUCUUCUCAUGUGUUCAUUUCUUGUUGCUUAGCUAGUUACGUGGUUCCUCCCAGGUCGCGCCGAGCUGCGAGGUGCAAUCAUUCGCAACUGGACGGUGUCAAAAUCACCUCGUCGCACAGCUGGAAAAGUUAUACGUGAGCAGACCCCGGGUGUAGUGACAGAAGAUGCUUCCUGUGCUGAUCUGUGCCCUGGUCUCUCUGAGCUUGGCCGACAACUUUGACACGGCAUACCCUGAACUGGAGCACUACAGAACCAUCUAUGUACAAGAGAAUGGCCCUCAGCUCUCUGUGGUGACGGAGCAGUCCAAGGUGGUGUCGAGGCGGGGGGGUAAUGCCACCCUGCCCUGUAAGUUCCACAGGGAUGCGUCACUGCCGGCCAACCCCAAACUGAGGAUCAAAUGGACUAAGCUGACCUCAGACUACCUCAAAGAGGUGGAUGUCUUCGUUGCCAUGGGUUUCCACAAGCGGAGCUACGGACGUUUCCAUGGACGCGUCUACCUACAGGACUCGGCCCCCACGGAUGCGUCGUUGGUCAUCACAGAACUCACACUGGAGGAUUAUGGGAGAUAUAAGUGUGAGGUCAUCGACGGGUUGGAAGAUGGAACAGGCGUGGUGUCCCUGGACCUGCAAGGUAUCGUCUACCCAUACUUCCCUCGGCUGGGUCGUUACAACCUGAACUUCUUUGAUGCCGAGCGGGCGUGUCGCGAGCAGGACUCCAUCGUGGCGUCGUUUGACCAGCUGUACGAGGCGUGGCGUGGGGGUUUGGACUGGUGCAACGCUGGGUGGCUGAGUGACGGAUCCGUCCAGUACCCCAUCACCACCCCCAGGGAACCCUGUGGCGGCAAGAACACUGUCCCCGGGGUACGCAACUACGGCCUCAGAGACAAGGAGAAGAACAGAUACGACGUGUUCUGUUUCACCUCCAACUACAAAGGGCGGUUCUACUACCUGAUCCACCCCUCCAAGCUCACAUAUGACGAGGCUGUGCGUGCGUGUCAGAAGGACGGCGCUCAGAUCGCCAAGGUGGGCCAGAUGUACGCCGCCUGGAAGCUAUUGGGCUACGACCGCUGUGACGCCGGCUGGUUGGCUGACGGGAGCGUCCGUUACCCCAUCACCCGCCCCCGUAGGCGCUGCAGCCCAACGGAAGCUGCCGUGAGGUUCAACGGCUACCCUGACAAGAAACACAAGCUGUACGGAGUCUACUGCUUCAAGGGCCACAACUAAGAAGCCCAAUACGCUUACACACACACUCACACACACUAGAGAAGUUAAUACAUUUACAGAGAGUAGGAUGGAGAGGGAGAUGAGAAGAGGAGUUAAGAGAGAGGGAGGUAAUAUAGGGGAAGUUACUGAUAUAAAACAUUUUAAAUAAAACAUUCAAACUGUGAUAUUUUCUUUUUAGAUACAGUAAAACGAGAGGUGUGAGAGUCAUUUUAAACACACCAUGUUAUUUUGUAAUCUGGGACCUGAUAGUGUAUGGGGGAUAUGUUAUUUAAUCUGUUAUUUUUACGUAGGGACAGAAAGGGGGGAUGGAUUUUGGGAAAGGGUUGGUGGGAGGGAGGGAAUGAUGGUGGAGAAACAGAUGAUGUCACAUUGUCCCAAAGUGACAUUGUAAGUGGACGAGGCAUACCAUAGCUUGAAGGAAGUCCUUGGACUGAGAACAACCCAGUAAAGUUGUUCAUAUUCACACAAACACAAAAAGCAAAGAUAGCGUAGCUCAAGCUAUUAUUAUUACGUUAUAGAAUGCAACUACAGCACAAUGAAGAUCCAGUCUGCUGUCCAUCUUUGCAGGGUGCUACAACAGUGUCAUGUACUUCACCAUCAUUUUGACUCGUUUAUUUAAUAAUGUGUGUGGACCAGACAUCAUUUCUCAUCAUAGAAGUUGAUAAAAAAAAAGGAGAAGCCAACCAUUAGCAUUGUUUAGUUUCUUUUUUACUAUGAAUAUGUAGAAUGUGAGUAUCUAGAAUUGUAUUUCUGUUUAUGGAUGUAUUUUGAUAUAGAACUAUUGUUUUAUUUUCUGCGCUACGCUAUCCCAGAGUUCUGUACUGUCACAGGGCUCAAGUGUCGAAACGAACCCCAGAAACAUACAAACGAGGAAACCAAAAUACAAACGUUGCACUGGACACUGUUUAUGUCAGAAGACUUACGGUGGCCUAGAAGGGACAAGGUAAACCGCAUUUAGUCCUCAGCAGCAACACAAAAUGCCUGGCAAUAGUUGUCUUACUGAGUAGUACUGUGACACGCAGACCUGCAGUAUAAAAUGUAUGUUAAACACUAGUUGCUGUGCCUCUAUGUACACCUUAGCCUCUAGUUUAGAAACACAAGGCAUGCCGCUGAGCUUUUAUACACAGCAGAAAGCCAAAAGCAACACUUGCAGUGUAAAUCCCAAUUUUUUCAAAAUAUUUUUUGGGUGUGCUAUUUUUGACACAAAUAGUUUCUUAUAGUGAAUGAGUAGACCCAGUGAUAUCUGUGAAACUGGUUGUUUGAGCACUGACAAGCUGUUAGCUAGCUAACGAUGCCAUGUUAGUCUGCAUGGCUAAGCUAAGCCUCAGGCCAACAGCUCAGGCAUAUCUAUUUAUCUGCAUGAACACAGAGCCUGCGAUACCCUCGCUCACCACUAGCAGUGCAGCCCACUCUAGACUAGCCCAGUGAAUUGGCCAGAUAAUCAUCCUAUUUAAAAACACCAUUGGUUCCUGCAGGUACAGUAAGAGACUCCCAUGUAAGAACAACACAAGGGCUGACGUACACUAGCACAAGAGCUUACUGCAACACUAGCUGGCUCCAAGAGAAUGUUAGGUCAUUCCUUGAGUGUUAGGUUAGCUAUACUUGGCUCAACCUUACAUAGUUAGCUUAUUGUUGAGUUAGCAAGACUUGGCUCUACCGUGUCCUAUCACAACUGUACUCAGAGGUGAGUACAGGAACGCCAGUGGAAGGAGCAAAAAACAUGGACCGUUAUCACAAAGAACAGCUGGACAGACACAUAUAUUUAUAUUGAAAUUAGCCUCAGAAACUAUGUUAGUACAAAAAAUAUGUACACUACCGUUCCAAAAUUUGGGGUCACUUAGAAAUGUCCUUGUUUUUGAAAGAAAAGCACAUUUUUUUACCAUUAAAAUAACAGCAUCCCGGAGUCGCCUCUUCACUGUUGAAGUUGAGACUGGUGUUUUGUGGGUGCUAUUUAAUGAAGCUACCAGUUGAGGACUUGUGAGGCGUCUGUUUCUCAUACUAGACACUCUAAUGUACAUGUCCUCUUGCUCAGUUGUGCACUGGGGCCUCCCACUCCUCUUUCUAUUCUGGUUAGAGGCAGUUUGCACUGUACUCUGAAGGGAGUAAUACACAGCGUUGUACGAGAUCUUCAGUUUCUUGGCAAUUUCUUGCAUGGAAUAGCCUUCAUUUCUCAGAACAAUAAUAGACUGAUGAGUUUCAGAAGAAAGUUAUUUGUUUCUUGCCAUUUUGAGCCUGUAAUCGAACCCACAAAUGCUGAUGCCCCAGUUGCGCAACUAGUCUAAAGGAGGCCAGUUUUAUAGCUUCUUUAAUCAGAACAACAGUUUUCAGCGGUGCUAACAUAAUUGCAAAAGGGUUUUCUAAGGAUCCAUUAGCCUUUUAAAAUGAUAAACUUGGAUUAGCUAACACAAUGUGCCAUUGGAACACAGGAGUGAUGGUUGCUGAUAAUUGGCCUUUGUACGCCUAUGUAGAUAUUCCAUAAAAAAUCAGCCAUUUCCAGUUACAAUAGUCAUUUACAACAUUAACAAUGUCUACACUGUAUUUCUGAUCAAUUUGAUGUUAUUUUAAUGGACAAAACAUUUGCUUUUCUUUCAAAAACAAGGACAUUUCUAAGUGACCCCAAACUUUUGAACGGUGGUGUAUAUAUUACUUGUUUCCCCUGUCAGCAAAGCACAGUGAUUAACACUUUUUAAACAGGAAUCAUGAGCCACAACAAUGAUUAUGAUAAACACAAGAGAGCUUCUGUCAGAGAACAUUACAAAUCUGUCAGAAAGCAUCACCAAUGCUUUUCUUCAACUGUAGUAACAUACUCAUUGUCAACCUUUACUAACAAAACCUUUUUGGCAGCUUCAAGAACUGCCCAUUACUUAUUUUAAGAAUGAACUAUGUCAUGUAUCAAUUCAUUCAAAAGGUUAAGAAAAAACUACAACCAGGCAAUCAUUUUUAUCCCUACACUGUUUUGUGUACGUACAACAUUACUCAGUUGCAGUACUGUUUGUAACUAUGUUAAGAACUUUUUGGACCCAAAGUCAAAAAGAAAAUAAAACAAUUCAAAUAAA